AUGGCGUCGUGGCUGCCGGAGACCCUGUUCGAAAUUUUAGGACAAGGCCCAGCGCCGAGCAAAGACUACUACCAGUUGUUGAUCACCCGAUCCCAGGUCAUCUUUAGAUGGUGGAAGAUUUCUCUAAGGAGUGGGUAUCAAUCAUCAGCAAAACCUGGAGAAGUAAAAGAAUCUCAUGAAGACUUCCUAGAGAAUUCACAUCUUCAGAUUCAAAUAGCCUUGGUAUUUGGUGCAAGAAUAUUGGACUAUGUCUUCAAUUUGUGUGAAGGUAGAAUUGACUUCCUUGAGCGGCUCUCAGACAAUUUGCUCAUGAUUAUCAUUUCUUAUCUGGACAUUGACGAUAUUGCCUGCCUUUCUUUUACAUCACACAGAUUUUCAAAGCUAUGUAUGUCUGACAGACUGUGGGAGCCGAUAGUUGAGGCCGCCGAUGAAAUCACCCCUGCCAUGAAGGCUCUGGCCCAUGACCAGAGUUGGAGACAGACGUUCUUCACCAAAAAGUUGCAGCUCCGCAAGAAGAAGCGAAAUUCAGAAAACCGGGCAGGCAAUCAAUGA